ACACGCGUUUCCGGCACGGCGGGAGGACGGCACCUUGCAGCACCAAGCCCAAGACGGAAGGGCGGAUGAGGCCUUGAGGAGAUCGAGCUUGUUUGCCGCGGCUACCAUGCUGCACAGCUCAUGGCCGGCCGCGAGUCAUGGCGAGUGCGCGAGCUCGCAUCGCGCGCGCGCCCGAUGGGGGCGGACGACGUCACAUUUCGCAGUCCCUGUGGCUUCAGAGUGCCCACGGCCUUCCGCCGCGCGAGGGGCUCGCUCUGUGCCUGCAUGCUCGGUGCGCGCUUCGUCCCCUGAGCAGACGAGGAAGAAGAUCUGCCAGCCGCAGGACCUCUUGCUGGGCGCAAGAGCUCCGCCGCAGAGUGCUCGCUACGGCCGAGAGGCUAGGGGUGUCUUAACAAGCGUGCUUUCACCCUCGGACAGCAGAUGCAUCACCAGCCGUGCACAGCACGCAGGCGCAGCACCCGCAUGCAUCGCAGGGGCAGCACGCAUCAGACUCGCGCCCAAAGCCCGCAACCCACCGUCGCGAAGAGACGUGGGACGGCCCUGCUUCAGGCCUGUACGCCAUGAGUCUCAUCUUUCCGUCUAUAUCCGUCGACAGGGCAGCGCCAAGACCACUCUGAUGCCGCUUUGGCGCCGCAUCGAGGCACCCCUGCUCAGACUGCGCUCUAGCCUGGGUGUCCAGGCGCCUUGCUUUCUCCGUUUCCCGUUCCGGCCUCUCCUCGCACCUCCGUGAUCACAACCGCGGCUUGAACAGCUCGUCAUCCGCGGUGUUGAGACAAGGAUCAGCUGAGCGGAAGAAGCGCCGGGCCUCAAGACGGCGAGCAGGAAGGACGAGAGCUCUCUCCGCACCGUGCGGCAUGCGGCUGCACCGGGCGUCCUUCUCGCGCGGUCCCAAGUGCGCUCAAGGGCAACACGCAGAGCCUUUGCAAGUAUGCGGUCU